AUGGCGGCCGCCUCGGGCAGUCGGACCACACCAAGCCAGCUGUUUUCGACGCAGACGCUACCCUCGUCGUCCCAGUCUGCGCUGGGCCGUGACGGAAUGGAUUCGUACUUGAGUGUGGAUGCCAUGGUGCAUCCCCACGGCGACGCUGCGAUGCGCGCACCGCCCAAAAAACGGACCAAAAAGGCGCAGAGCUGCGAUCCGUGCCGGCGACGCAAGCUCAAGUGUGACCGCGGGUGGCCGUGCGGUGCGUGCCGCGACCGCAGCGAACAGAACAUGUGCACAUGGGAGGACGGCGUGGUGCCGGAGAAUGCGGGUCGGGAUGCGCAGGACUCGCAGCUCGUUUUGCAGAAAAUGUCCGCGAUCGAGUCGGGGCUCGAGCGGCUGCUGAACCGCAUGGAUCAUAUGGAGUCGCGCAUAGCAGAUCCCCCGCCGCGCACAUCCAGCUCGCCGCCCAAGCGCCCCGAGCUAAAGCGCUCGCCGUCUGACGACGCCUUUGACCCGCUGGACACGGGCGGGCUCUUUGGUCUCACAUGGCAGCCUGCUGGCGUUGCUAGCCAGCGGCGGGCACUGCUGCAUAUGCACUCGUACAUCCCGAGCCAGCACAUUAUUCCACUCUUGCUCGAGGUGUACGAAAAAGAGCUGGACUGGAUGCUCCAGAUUUUACGGCCCAAAGACGUUCACCACCGGGUCGAAAUGGUGCGCGCCUUGAGCGAGAACCUCGCCAAGAACCCCGAAUAUCUGCAGACGCUCUCGCGCUCCGAGGUCAUGCGCCUGAUCUAUGCGGAGGCACUGCUUUUCUCCGUGUUUGGCCUGUCGCUCGUCUUUGCGCGCGACCUCAACUUUAACAAGCUGUACCUCGAGCACGGCUCGACGCCGGUGCACGGCCGCUUCUUCCACGAGGCGCAGGUCGGUCUGUCUGUGCUCAAUGUGUUUGAGGAGCCGCAAAUCGACUUUGUCAUUUGCAACAUGCUCUUGCUCACCGGCAUCUGCUCGAUCCGCCCUCCGUCAGUCGGCGCAGGACUGCUGAACCAUGCGAUCCAGGUCGCAGUCCUCCUCGACCUCGACCUCGAGCCCCCGGAGUCGAUGCCGGACGAGGAGGCGGCGCGCCGUGUCCAGCUCUUUGCGCUCCUGGCGACCCACGAUUGGUUCUGCACGACGACGACGAAGCGCUACGCCAUGAUCCGCCACGAUCCGCAGCGCUUCCCGUCGGUCUUUGGCACGCCAGAGCAGCAGAGCAAGUACCUCUCCGGCUACCACCAGUACAAGUUGAGCAUUGCCCACCUCUACUCGCUGUCGUCGGUGACGUUUAUGCCGCAAGUGGAGGACUACACGUAUACGUGCAAGCUGCACAACGAGACGCUCGAGCUGCAGAAGCGCAUGCCGAAGGAGUGGGUGCAAACUACGAACCCCGACCCGAACGUCUCGGAGUCUACGCACCGGAUCCAUGCGACGCUCGGCAGCUCGGCGCUCAACUUUUUGCUAAUCCGCAUCCACCUGCACUAUUAUGUACGGGGCUGGGACGAUCCGCGCUACCAGCUCUCGCGCGAUACGUGCUACGAGUCGGCGCGCAGUCUCCUUCGGACAUUCCGCGCAGCCUUUUCGUGGAAGAUCCCGGCAAAGGCGGGGGACACGCAGGGGCGGCAGUGCGACUGGCAGAUCCCUGAUGAGGUCUCGAUUGCAGCGCGCAUGUGGUGGUUCUGCAACUGGAGCGUCGCGGCUGCGAUUUUGCUGGUCAAGCACCUUACCAUUCUCAACGAACGCAACGAGUCCCCGAGCUGGGACUCGGAACGCGAGAGCAUUUUGCAGGACCUUUGUAUCAUGUCGCGUCUCCUGCACUACCUCUCGCCUGUCACCAGCGUCGCGCGCGAUGGCUACGAGGCCAUGCAGCGCGUCGCUGCGCAUGCCUUGUCUUGCACAUCGGACGCGCCGAGCGCCGCCAACCAAAACUCGUUCACGCACUGGGCGGCGUGCAUCGUGCAGGCACGGGGGCGGUGUGCCGGCAAGGACUGGGGCCACAGCACCUCGUCCGCCGAGCCCAUGUCGCUCCUGAGCAACAUGAUGAAGUCGAGCGAGAUCAUCUCGGACCGCCGCUCGUCGGAAAACGGCUCGUCGCACUCGGACGAGAGCCCGCAGUCUCAGGGGCGCAUGGAGUCGCUCAGCUCCACGCCCUCGUUCAGCGCGCACUCUUCGAGCACCGAUACACACGCAACCGAGAUGCCAGUGUACGGCGCAAACAUACCCCAGCCGGUGCCGUCGGCCUCGAACGCCGACCUGGACACGUUCUGGGCCAAGUUUGCGCUGCCGACGCUCGAUGUGCCCCCCGUCGAGAGCCUGGGCACGGGCCUAGACAUUCCGUCGCCUGCGACGGCGCUCCUCGGGAUGCCCGCGCCGUCCGUGCCGAACGCGUACGAAUGGCCGGCGGACCUUUCCGGCGCCGACUCUACCGUGGCGCUGCAGCAAAAGGACCGGCUCGCGCCCAGCCAGUUUAAUUUCCCUAUGGGUUCGCUAGGGCCCCUGACCGACGACUUUAUCAAGUCGUUCGAGUCCUAUUCCAAGCGGUUUGCUACCGAUGGGACCCUCAGCAUAUAG